UUACACUACAACGCAACCAUCUAUCUCUCCAACUACAUCGCCACCAUGGAUGUCAUUGGCAACAAGACUCGAAAUUUCGGUUUUGGAGUAGCAAAUAUGGGCUCAGAGCCUAACGGCUGCUAUGGCCUUGCCCAGUGCUAUGGAGACCUCUCCUCCCUCGACUGCUAUCUUUGCUAUGCCCAGGCUCGCAUUGUUAAUCCCAAAUGCUACCGUUACACUGGGGGCAGCACCUACAUGGAUGGUUGCUUCUUGCGUGCUGACAAUUAUAACUUCUUCCAGGAGUUUACAGGUCCUGGAGACAAGGCUGUGUGUGGAAAUACAUCGCGAAAGGGACCUGGGUUCCAGAAGUCAGUCAGGAAAGCUGUGUUGGACGCAGCUGCAGCGGCACCACACCAGGGAGGCUACUCCAAGUCUGAGGUGCAUGUGCCGGGAUUGAGAAAUGAGUCAGCUUAUGUGCUGGCAAAUUGCUGGAGAACAUUGAAUGUAACCUCUUGCAGAGCUUGUUUGGACAAUGCAUCAGCAUCCAUGAUGGGUUGCUUGCCAAGGUCAGAAGGGCGGGCACUGUACACAGGGUGCUUCAUGAGGUAUUCGGACACAAACUUCCUGAAUGAAGAACAAAGUGGUAGACAAUCAAAAGGGAACAAAGUAAUGAGGGUAGUUGCUAUUCUGAGUUCUUUGGCUGCUUUAAUGAUUGGGGUGGCUAUUGGAGUUUACACUUGGAGGAAAAGAAGAAUUCAAAAGAAAAGAAGAGGUACAAAUGAUGUGGUAAAAAUGGCAAAGAUGCUUCAUGACAGUAGCUUGAAUUUUAAGUACUCUACACUUGAAAAGGCCACCGGAUCUUUUGAUGAUACCAACAUGCUCGGUCGAGGAGGAUUUGGAACAGUUUACAAGGGAGUUCUGCCUGAUGGAAGGGUGAUUGCUGUAAAGAGGCUUUUCUUUAAUAACAGAUACAGAGCUUUAGAUUUCUACAAUGAAGUUAACAUGAUAAGCACCCUGGGACACAAGAAUUUGGUCAGAUUGUUGGGUUGCAGCUGUUCAGGACCAGAAAGCCUUCUUGUCUAUGAAUUUCUCCCUAAUAAGAGCCUUGACCGGUUCCUCUUCGAUCGAAACAGAGGUAAAACACUGAAAUGGGAAAGAAGAUUUGAAAUAAUCAAAGGGACAGCUGAAGGUUUGGUCUACCUUCAUGAGAACUCCAAUGUUAGAGUCAUCCACAGAGAUAUAAAAGCCAGCAACAUCCUAUUAGAUUCAAAGCUGCGAACUAAAAUUGCUGAUUUUGGGUUGGCAAGGUCUUUCCAAGAAGAUAAAAGCCACAUCAGUACUGCUAUUGCAGGAACACUAGGGUAUAUGGCUCCAGAGUACCUAGCCCGUGGUCAGUUAACAGAAAAGGCAGAUGUCUAUAGCUUUGGGGUGCUUUUACUAGAGAUUGUUACUGGAAUGCAGAAUAGCAAAAACGAAACAUCUGAGAACUCUAAUAGUCUUGUCACUGCUGCAUGGAAACAUUUUCAACUGGGGACAGCAGAGAAUCUUUUCGAUCCAAAUUUGAUGUUGCACAGCUACAAUCACAAUGAUGACAUGAAGAAGGAGAUUUUAAGGGUAGUGCAUGUGGGACUUUUGUGCAUGCAGGAGGUUCCUUCAUUGCGACCAUCAAUGUCAAAGGCCCUACAAAUGCUGUUGAAGAAGGAUGAACAACUCCCUGCACCCACCAAUCCACCUUUUAUGGAUGUGAGUACAAUGGAGCUCAGUGACACAUGCAGAGACCAACUUCAUCCUCCCAGUACUUUACUUUCAGUUGGUACUGUUUAA